CAGUACGUCGAAGAUCGAGGAAUAGGGGCGGAUGGACGCGCUAAGAAGGAAGGCGUUUCAGCUCUCCUUGGAGCUAUGAGCCAUUUUGCAGACAGCUUGGAAUUGCAAGUAGCCGGCUGCAAGAUAGUAGCUACACGUAACAAUCUCUGUAAAGUGUUCUUUUAUUUUUAUUAUUGUGACCUGGGAAAUCGCUCACCAAUACUAUGCUGUUUGUAUCAACUGCCGUACUGUAGGCGAAGGCGGUCAUGAGUUAAUGGUUGCUAGUGAGACUGUCAUCAACGCUUUGAAAGCAUUCUCAACAGAAGAAAACCUAGCAGACUGGGCCCUUGCAGCUAUUGGCAAAUUGCUAGCCGGUAAGACGAACGUCCCGUAUUCGGUAAAACAUGCACGUAGUGGGGCUAUCCGGACACACAUAAUUCUACAAUUGCUUGUAGAGUGUCCGUCUUCUAGGUUGCACGAAAUGCGCAAGAGGCGAGAGGACAUUACCGUAUAUCACGGACAUAACACGUACCAUACUGUAAACAAAAUUUGUUGCAGCUAUGCUGAUGUAGAUAAGUGUUAGCUAAUCACGUUUAAUACGUCGUAUUGCGUACACACGCAUCGGGAAGAAUAGCCAGGUUAUCUUGGACAAUUACGUCACAUUUUCCUGAUAUGGCAUUUGACGUUUGCUGUCGUCUUUGCGGACUCGAAUAGAAAGGUCCAUAAAACUGGUACUUCCUAUUACGCAUGUGGCAUCUACAUGAUCUGUUUGCUUUUCUGUUGCGGUAUAGUAAAGGUAUGUCAGCUGUGGAUUUCGUACAAAUGACUGGACGGAAACGCACGUGUAUUGGUACAAUGCAUUUGGUUUGUCUCCUAGCUGCCAAGAUGCCAUGGAGAUAUUAUGUUGUCUAGACAAGACUGCUAAAAAUAGGCAGAUUGCCUACUGUGCAACUCUAACUAAACUCUAGUUGGUUUGUCUUACGAAAACUUAGUUUUUAGUACGUAUAGUGGUGCAAGAGAACCGGCGUAAAUGGUCAGUGCACCUUCAAACAGAACUAACCAGCGAGCUGCGUAGAUAGGCUGCCUGGAUAACUCUAGCUAGAGACCACAGAGAGAAAAGAAUCACGAAUAAGCGGCAGUAUAGACUGUGCGUCUUGUGACAGUUUACUUUGUUAGCGAUCAUGAUUCGACUUCACUGCAUUCGGUACAUGAAUUAGGCAGCUGCUAAAGGCACGCAAUGCACGUGUACAUUCAACACCACUGCGGUGAUUGAAUGACUCAGUGGAAAUGGAGAAGUCUCGAAUUUCGUGUCGCAGUACUCUAGCUGUAGCACGCCGCUGUCUAUCUCAGUCAUCACAGUUUGACAUUGAAAUGAUUGUGAGUGGAAAGCGACGCGGUAGCUUGUCUUUGUUGGCUAUCAGUUCGGACCCUGCCGAGGUUGUCAUGUCCCGACACGUCAAGCCAAAGCAUCCUCUCAUGAAAAGCAACUCGAUGCCGUUUGUGCUGAACAAGAGGUCGAUCUACACAAAGAAACGAAAGGGAUUUUUCUCUCCGUUGAAGAAUGACCUUCAGCCUACUUCAGGUGAACGUAUAGCGGCAAUAGGAGGUGUCGGCCUAGUGAUGGGUGUGACGAACACGUUCAGAGAUAAACCAGGUAUCCAGGCGCGGGCGUGCAACACCAUGGGUCAUUUGGCCGCUUCAGAAGAGUUAGCUCGAGUUGUGGCAGCUGCGGGUGGAGUGCAGUCAUCUAUGGCUGCCAUGAAGGAGUUUCCAGAAGAUGUAGCAGUGCAGAAGAAUGGCUGUCAUGCUCUAGCAAAUAUGGCAGUGGAAGAAUCAGUUGCCACUGAUGUCAUUGCCAAAGGCGGGCUCUCACUUAUUUUGUCUGCUAUGGCAAAAUAUGCUGAUGAUUCUGAGCUGCAAGACAGUGCUUGUCGUGUUCUGGGCAGCCUAGCUGCUUGUGAUGAGGUCUGCAGGCAAGUUGGCCAGGCAGGAUGUAUAGCAGCUGUCAUGGAUGCCAUGAAAGCCCAUAAGGAGAGUGUAGGUGUGCAGGAGUGUGGUUGUUGGGCUCUCGUUUCACUUUCUGAAGACUAUGAUAAUUGUUAUGAUUUGCGUCAAGCUGGAGCACUUGAUGUAGCAUUGUAUGCUAUGGAAAUGUUCUACACUGGAGAAGCUCUUCAGGAAUAUUGCUGUAGAAUGUUGGCAAACAUGGCAGCAGCGGAUGAUUUUGAUGUCAACCUGGCAAGUGAGAAGGUUGUUGAGGCAUUGCUUGGUGCCAUGGAAAGAUAUACCAAAAACUUGGAGAUACAGGAACAUGCAUUGUUUACUCUUGGAAAAGUCAUUUUGGAAUCAGAUGCUGUUGUACAGCCUGUGCUUAAGAAUGAUGGUGUUCAUCUUGUAUCAGAAGCACUGAAGGCAUUCCACACUAACAUUAACGUUCAAAGAGGAGGGUGUCGUGCACUUGGAGCUUUAGCGAUGCAUGAGGAUGCUAAAGAUGAAAUCAUAAUUGGUGGUGGAUUGGAUAUUAUUUUGUCAGUAAUAAAACAAGAAGAAAUGGAAGAAAAUGAAGUUGUUUUGAUGAUCUGUUGCAAUGCAUUGGCUAGUCUAGUUGAUACAGAAGAUGUGAAAGUGAAGGUGAAAGUGUGUGAAGAGGGUGGUCUGUCUAGAAUAAUUCAUGCCAUACAAACGUACCCUGAUGAUCCAGAGUUAUGUGAAUGUGUUUGUCGAGCUAUUAGUUCUUUAGCUGGAUGUAAUGAAGUGAUUGAAAAUGUUCGAGCUGCUGGAGCAUUUCAACAAGUGUUGGUUGCAAUGGAGAAACAUCCAGACAAUCCUGAAGUGCAGGAAUCUGCAGUUCAUGCUCUCCGGUACGCUGUCUGUUUCAUCCUUUAAAUAACAGCUGUCAUU